AUGUUGCAGAAGCUUCAUCAUUUUCCAUAUGGGUGGAGUAGAUAUGCCAACUUUAGCUUCACCCUAGUUAAUCAACUUGAUACCAACAAGUCAACAAGAAAGGGUAUCUUAAUUCAAAUUUAUGUUCGUAUCUCUGGUGAUGGCUUGUUGUUGAUGCUCUUUUUCGGAGAGGGUCAACUUAGAGAUAGGGGUUUGUCUUUAGCAAGAGAAGGGUCUGGGCCUUCAGUAAAGGGCUGGCCUGCAGAAGACAAAACAGGAGAAGCAGUCGUUAAGCUUCGGACACCGGUAUGGUGCCGACCGAAGGCUCUUCGAUGCUUGAGUCAGCUAGGGGGGAUCGAAGAUGCUGUUCACCAGACACUGAUACGUGGCCUCGACACUCUUGAGGCCGAAGGGCAUGACUUUGUAGCAGUAAAGGCCACGAUCCGUGAUGAAGGAGGUGUGGGCUUAGUCCUCAGGAUGCAUGAAAAUCUAGUUGUACCCAAAGUAAGCAUCCAUGAAGCUGAGGAGGGCGUGGCCAGCUGUGGCAUCAACUAG